AUGACUUCCAUUCAUUCAACCCUUGGAGCUCUCGAAAUUGGGAUACUAUUGAUGUUACUCCUAUUUGGUAUCAUGAUCACGCAGGCAUACACUCAUUACCAGUCAAAGACUACAACCGACAAUCGUAUUCUGCGAAUAUUGGUGCCCUUGAUGCUCAUCACUGAGCUUGUUCAUACGGCCCUCAUGUGUUCAGACUUCUACACCACGUCAAUCAACGACUACGGAGACUUUCCGCGCAUUGAUGCCGCCCAUUGGACAGGAGUCUUUGCUCAGCCUGUUUCCAGCCUUUCCACUGGCAUCAUUCAGGGAAUACCGCUCUUGUCUACGAUAUUCACCGACUAUAGAUGGCCCAUUUCCGUCUGCAUCGCUUCAGCAGUUGCGGUUGAUGUGCUCAACACCACUGCUUUUUGCUACUGCCUAUGGAAAAGGAAGUCUGAUUUCGAACAUCACUCCUCGCCAGAAACAGGGAUGUUAACCUUCAUCUUCACUUCGUUGGAGCUGAUAUUUUUCCUGGUACUACCAAAUACAUCCAUGUUCUUGUGCUUCAUAUCUUUCGGCACGAAAGUUUACUCCAACUCUCUUCUUGCGUUAUUGAACGGUCGAUCGGCCCUCGUAGAGGGGCCAGCGUAG